GGAACGUCAGAAAGAUCCCUUACUCCCCCCGGCCCGGCAAGGAAAUGGUAUCUUCCAAAGAUGGCAUCCUCCGUGUUGAAGCGAUGUGUGACUGCAGCUGUCAAAGUUAAACGUUUAUCUCCGUCUCUUUCAGCUAGAAGAUGGUUGCUCUCAGCAGCUUACGCCGACACCAAAGUGUGGGAGGCGAGAGAGAAAGAUCCUCACAACCUGGCUGAACUGGCUGCCACCAUGGACAGGACAUAUGACAGGAAUCUCCCAGUUAGCUCUCUGACUGUGUCGCGGUUUGUUGACAACAUAUCAUCUCGGGAGGAAAUUGAUCAAGCAGAGUACUACCUUUACAAGUUUCGUCACAGUCCAAACUGUUGGUACCUGCGAGACUGGACCGUUCACAGCUGGAUCAGACAGUGUCUAAAGUACGGGGCCAGGGAAAAGGCCCUGUACACGCUUAAAAACAAGGUCCAGUAUGGAAUAUUCCCAGAUGACUUCACCUUCAACCUGCUCAUAGAUCAUUACAUUAAGGAUGGAGACUUUAAAAGUGCGUGCUCUGUCGUUGAAGAGGUGAUGCUUCAGGAGGCCUUCGACCUUCCCUCCACACAGAUCUUGUCUCUGUACGUUCUGGGCAGUUACCUAGCAACCAGACCACAACUCACUGUGCCAGAGGAGCGGGCUUUGGGGGCAUCGCUGCUCAUCUGUGGACUGAGGCAUGACAGCACCGUUGGCCUCAGCGCUCAGCUACUAGGCAAUGCUCUCCUAGGCAAGGUGGAGAUUUUAAAGGGCAUACAUGCCGUGUUCAGAGGGAUGCCUCUUUACUGGGCUCGUGGAUAUAUGGGCCGAGCGUUGGCUGUCAUGGAGAGAGUGGCUGCUGCUUCUGGUGACAUCAAGCUAUCCAAAGACACACUGGACUACAUGAAUGACUUGCUGCAGGAACUUUCUUCCGCCUCAGACUCUGACUCUUCUGGAGAGGAGUCAGGAGGAGAGGAGGACAAGAAAGAAGACACCGUAGAUGAAGAUGAUCAGGCCGAGCAGGCUAAGUUACCUCAGUAUGCCAGCAGAUUCAAGGAAUUGAGCAGCCAGCUGGAGUCUCUGGGUAAAGUGGAUUCUACCUCCAUCCAGGAUUUAGUGACCGCUCUGGCCCAGCAGAACCUAGCUGCUGCGGAGAAACUGGACCUGGAGAAGUACGAGAGCCGUGUGCAGGCCUGGGAGGCUGAAAAGAGGCAGCUGAUCCAGAGAGAGACAGAGAUGAGGGAGAAGGCCAAGCAGGAGAAAGAGGAGAGGUUAGCUGCCAAGGCUGCAGCUCUGCAGGCGUAAAGACACUUAGGAUGUGGCUGAAUCAAGAUCACUGAACUGUCCUUUGAGUAUGUACAUUAAAAUUGUGUAUACUUAGGA